GCAGCGUGUACUGUGCGUCCAGGCACCUACCUGACAGCGACCUCCGCCCCUCCGGCCCCUCUCUCUCCGUCUAGCUAAUUCGUUGAUCGAGCUCAUCUGCAUUUCUGAGCUGGCUUUGCUUGCUUGCUCCUCCCCUUUUAUACCAGCUCAUUGGGAGCUCGGCUAGCUUAAUUCUCCUCUUCUCAGCCUUUCCAACCUCAGCUAGAGCUACCAUGGCGAAGCAGUCGUGCUGCCACAAGAAGAAGCUGAGGAGGGGGCUGUGGUCGCCGGAGGAGGACGAGAAGCUCAUGAAUCACAUCGCCAAGUAUGGCCACGGUUGCUGGAGCUCCGUCCCCAAGCUUGCAGGACUGGAGAGAUGCGGCAAGAGCUGCAGGUUGAGGUGGAUAAACUACCUGAGGCCAGACCUCAAGAGGGGCACCUUCUCCCAGGAGGAGGAAGACCUCAUCAUUCAGCUGCAUUCCAUGCUUGGCAACAAGUGGUCGCAGAUCGCGGCGCAGCUGCCGGGGCGGACCGACAACGAGGUCAAGAACUUCUGGAACUCGUACAUCAAGAAGAAGCUCAGGGACCGCGGCAUCGACCCCGCCACCCACAAGCCGCUCGCUGCCGACUCCUCCGCGACGCCCACGAACACGACGGCGGCGGCGGCGUCGAGGUCGACGGCCACCUGCCGCGCGGUGUUCAGCGACGCCGAGCUGCAGAUACCGACGGCGGCGGCCGUGCAGCAGCAGCAGCAGGCGCCGCUCGUCGGCGCAAUGCAGCUGGUCGACGGCAUCAAGAUGCCGCUCGACGACUACUGGCCUGCGGCGGCGGCGGCGGCGGCGCCCUCGUCGUCGACGACGACGUUCUCGGCCUACCACCACGCGCUGAGCAUGCAGCAGCAGGCCGCGGCCGGAUGCGGCGCCGCCGCCGCCUUCGACAUGGACGCGCUGUCGCACUGCGGCGUCGUCGUCGCCCCCUCGGCGUCUAGCUCCAGCACGCUCACCUCCAUGGCCGGCCUCAGCCCCGCCGCGGCCGACGCCGCCGAGCAGAGCGCCAACGUCGCCGCCGCCGCCGCCGCCACCACCACCAACCUGCCGUGGCUGGACCUGGGGCACGCCAACCCCAUCGCGACGAUGGACCACUACGCCGGCGUGCUGGACGAGCUCCGGUGGUCCGACUACUUCGACGGCGCAUACCAAGCAGCGACGACGGCCACCCAAGGCGGCGCCCUUCAAGGGCAGUGCCUCUACGACGGCGGCGGCGGCGGCGGCAAGGACGUCGACGAUGCAGUCCAAUUCGUGGACGUCCAUAGCCUAAGCAACUGGUGCUAAUUACACAUCGGUAACCUAAUCCAUCAACAAACCAACC